UGCGACAUGGCUAGCACAAGCUUGACGGCGUUAUCCUUCACCCCGGAUCCAAGCUUCAACUGGUUCUUUCUCCUGGAGCUCAUUGUCUCUUGUAUCCUAGUGUUGUUCUUCCUGCUCUACUUCAAUCGCCUUUUCGCAACUCUCCUCUCCUACGGAAUACGCGCCUACACCUGGCACUACUAUCGCGCAUAUGUCGACAUUCGCUCGCUGCAGAUCUCGCUUCUCGGGGGCAGGAUCUUCUUCAAGGGCAUCCGAUACCAUGGCGUCAACGAGACAAUUUUUGUGCAUGGGGGCUUCGUCACUUGGCAUUACUGGAGGCAUGCUGUGAGAAAGACGGAUUUGAAACACCGCGAACCGAAAAAUGGCGAAGCGGAGGGCGAAACCCAGCGCGCCGGGUCGGCUAACCCGGACGGCAGCAACAGCAGUGAUCACGGGGAACAAGGGGGGCUGAAGAGCACGGACUCGCUACCUUGUCGCAUCACAGCCAAACUGUAUGGCCUCGAGUGGUUUGUCUACAAUCGGACGCCGGCAUACGAAGGGAUUCUGGCGGGCUUUGCCCCCCCGGAGCCCUCGCCAUCAUUUACCAGACCGCAAUACCCAGGAAGCAACACUUUGGACGCCACCUUGAAAGACAACAAAGCAGAGGCCGCUUCAACCUCUGAUAAGGCGUCCGCGUCUCAUGGCGACCGACUUAAAAGCGCUGGCAAGGAUACAGUCGCCUCCGAAGCCGCGGAGGGCUCUGGGCAGGAAGUUGGAGAGGGUCUCUCGAAACUACUCCGACUCCUGCCGAUGAAGCUGGAGUGUGAUAAAGGUGCUAUUGUCAUGGGAAAUGAAAACACGCGAUCUGUUUUGACCAUCACUUUCGACGGUGGUGUCGGGAUGAUCGAAGCCUGUGAAUCUGGUCCUCUUGAUCUGUACCGACAAGUCUUUUCUUUGAACUUUGUCCACCCGGUCAUCCAGAUGCGCCCGAACCCGGACUUCAAGCAGAACCAGCUCGCUGCGGCGAAAGGCAUCGGCUCAACCCAGACGGAGCAACGGCCUGAAACGAGACGAAAACGGGAUACCAUCUUCAACUACCAGUUGCAAAAGCGCAGGGUCUGGCAUACUGUUCGUGAUCUGAUCCCAUACUUUCAAAGCUCUGUGGAGUCUUUUCAUGUGCGCGAGAAACAUGCGGACGCGCCCCCAAGGAACUCAACCGAUGCCCCGGAUGACACGCGUUGGGUUGGUCUUUCUCGGUAUUUGGAUGAAAGCUCUCACGAUGAUCAUGAGGAGUGGAAUCCGGUCGAAUACGGGCGAUAUUCUACGAUCCUGGACAGCCCCAAGAUGACGGUCACAUACUACUGGGAUGUUCCGGGAAGCGUCAAGCCGUCCCCGGUUUCGCGAGAUUCUCUGCCCUCAUCAGAUAUCAAUGGCGCCCCGCCUCCGGAAUGGGGUAUCGACGUGAAGGUCGAUGGUGGCGCUAUUAAUUACGGUCCGUGGGCCGAUAGGGAGCGUGUUGGGCUGCAGAAUGUUUUCUUCCCAAACGCCUUCAAAAGCUCGCAGCCCGCCGAUCCACUGGCUCCCGGGGAGCUGAGGAAGAACUCUGUUUUCCGAUUCCGAGUUGAGAUCAACGACGAGUUGACAUUGCGCAUUCCCACCCGAGAGUCUUCCAAGGACUGGCAGUGGAAAGGCCGUGCGGAUGCAAUUCGCGGUGUCACCAAGCUGAGAAAGCAAUCGAGUAGGAGACAGUCGCGUGCGGGAGAAGGGGAUAAAGGUCAUAUAGGCCCUGAUAUACGUCCCUUUGGAUGGCUGUCACUCCGUGUUGCGGGCGAUUCCACUAUUACCUACGCCAUGGAUAUGGUCGCGUCGGCGUCGGGAUUUCAAAGCCAGUUGGACCUUGAUCUUCGAGACACGAAGAUGAUGUCAAGUGUAAACCAUGCGUUGUUGUGGCAAUGCCCUAGGCAACUCAUUACUUGCGACCUCUCAGUCCCACUUCCCUGGAACAGCCUGCGAACGUGGAAAUUUGACGUGGAGAGCCAUGAUAUGGAGCUGUUUUUACUACGAGAUCACAUCUUCCUCUUGACCGACCUUGUCUCUGACUGGGCCUCUGGCCCUCCCCAGGAGUAUUAUACGUUCGUGCCGUUUAUUUACAAUUUAAAAUUGUCCUUCAGCAACGUUCGCUUAUUCCUGAACGUGAACGACAUGAACAUUGUCAGCAAUCCUUCUGAUCUCGACGACAAUCGCACCUUGGCUAUUAAGGGUACCAAACUGACCUCCGACGUUAUCAUUCCCCUGAACAAGUACCAGCCUGAACAGAAUGCCAUUGACUUCAGCGUUAGUCUCGACGAUGGCGGUAUCGACUAUCUGACCCCUGUCUGGGAUACACUGCAUGCUUUCAUCAAAGACAAAUCGACUGCUCAACUUCAGGGCCUGUCUAUUGGUGGCUCGUACAAUUAUUUUCUCUCAACGUCUCCUGAACUGACCGAUACAUUGCUGUUGAAUGUUGAUGGCUUUUCUCCCAAGCUCUACUUGUUCGGGUUUCUGAUACGGUCCUUCAUGACGAUCAGAGAGAAUUACUUUGGAGAAGAAAUGCACUUCAAAACUCUGGAGGAAUACCAGGAGCUUGCAUACCCCCAGGAGGAUUUUAGCCCGCCCACUGGGACCAAUCCUAACAGGAAGUCAAAUGACCUGGAUGUAAUUGUGCACGUUACUGUCGACAAUCCCUGUGCCCUUCUCCCGGAAGACCUGUACGAUAGUUCCAACUGCCUGAAGCUUACUGCACCCUCGCUGGAGGCAGACCUGCGGUUUACCAAUUACUACAUGGACCUGCAAUUUUCUCUCGCCCCUCUUAAAGUGGCCCUGGCGUCUAGUCAAACAGAGGGGAGACUCACCCCAUCAGACACCCAACUCUUCAUCGAUGGGGUCUCGGUCUACGGCCACCGCCUAUUUGGUCUGCCGCCUGCAGAGCCUACUUAUGUCUGCAACUGGGACUUCGGGGUGGGCCGAAUCGUCGGAGAAUGCUCCACAGAGUUCCUCAGCAGCCUGGCUGCAUCGUUGAAAAGCUUCGACUUUACUUUCGAUAACGAAGAAAACGCACUUCCCCCCUUAUCGCCGAUUCUAAUCCACGAUGUCACUUUCUUGCGGGCCAAGAUUGACUUCGUUCACAUUUCUGUUCUACUCGACAAGGCUGCUCUAAUACUGAGUGCAGGCCCGGUAACCGCUGAAUUCAACGACUGGGCGAAUGCUAAGUUCUCCAAGCGAAUGAGCCUUCUGGUGCCCGAACUCUCCGUUGCUGCAGUUGAUUACCAGUUCUUGGGUCGGUUUGGAAGCCUGCUUCAUACGGAGAUGGCUCCUCUUGCGCUUUUCCGGUCUACUUUGAAGGUCCGGAUGGUCCAGAGAAAGAGUGAUAUUGCCGAAAGCCGAAGGCUACAGCAGGAGCAUAUCAAAGUCCAUGACCAAAGGACACAGAGGACGCCAUGGCUUCUCUUGGACUGGGACGACAUUGAUCCCGAUUUACUGCAACACGAAGGCGACAACAUGCAUCCGCCAACUAUUCCUAUCCCUACAAUGCCUGAACCUCUGUCGAGGUAUUCUGGCUUGGGGGGCUUGUCUUCGUCAAUGCGUCGCUUUUCAGAGAGUCGAAGUCAUCUGAGCUCGAGGGGUUUCUUUGUUACAUCAGACGCUUCAAGUGUGAAAAGCGGGACCAACCGGAACAUGCGCAGCCCCGCCAGUCCAUCAAAGGUGUCACCCAGAAUGGAAAGAGACCAGAAGUCUCGCCGGGCAGCAACUGUUGGCUCAGUUUCUCCGCUUCUUGAACGCCGAGAUACCCCAAAAGGCCGUCCAGUAAAUGUUCCUGGGGCAUCAAGCCCUUGGGUAAUGCCAGAAUUCUCUCUCCACAGGGCUAAUCUUGAUACAUCGCAACUUCCCCCGGAACAGAUUUCGCGCGAAGACCCCGACCUUGACAGAGGUGUUCUUCCUGUCGUGGACGUUGACCCGUUCUUCAACUUUUCAGAUAACGAUGUAACGACAUAUACGAAUUUUGCCAUUGAAUUGCCCAUCGGGGUCAGGGGUUUCUGUUCCCCCGAGUUCCUCCACAUAGUAUCAGCGUUGAUAGAGCGAUUGCAGCCCAGACGCCCGGCUGCAAUUAUUGAUUCUCUGCAGAAAGACGUUAUCUCGGACAUCGUGGGGUAUGAAAAGUCGGUAAAACAGCCCAAGACAUGCACCAGUAUUGCGAUCAGGGCUCCCUCCAUACUCAUAAAACUUGUUAACUCGGAGUCAACCGCGAACGGCGAUGUUAACUUUCGUGACGAGUACAGCGUUCAAAUGUCACACCUCAAGACCGAAUUCAGGACAAAGGUUGAACGGCAAAGGGGCGAUCUUCUUUCGGGAAUUAGCAAGAGUUCCACUGUUCAUGCAGCUGCAGACAGUCUCUCGAUUUCCGUCCAAGGCAGCGGCGCCGAUGCAUACCGGGAGAAGGCCGAGUUCAGUUGCGUUCUUGGAGACAUGAACUUCUGGCUUGUGACCAAGCCUGUUGUGAGAUCGAGCUUCCAAGUUAGAGCCUUUGACACGGUGACGUCAACCAAAUCUGUCGAACACCUCGCCUCGCUGGUCCGGCGGACAACAACAAUGUCAGAUUCCAUCGCGUCCUCUAUCCAGCAAAGUUCGUCCGUCGGGAACAGACGGCUGCAGUUUCUCAUAUACUUCCUCACACGACAGGCUGCGGAUGUGCCCGAUCCUGCAUUUCUUAUCCGUAUCUCGUACGUGCUCAGAGUUGCGCGUUCUCAUCUGCGACAGCAUGACUCUUGGAAGAUCAUUUCUCGCAUACGAAAUGUCUACUAUCACUUGUCACCGGAUCAGCGCCAAGUGUUGAACGACAAGUGUCUCAAUGGAGAUUUUGAGCUUCCUCCCAAUGCUAAGACUGUUGUGCUCUCUAAUUUCGACCAAUGGCGGGCCUGGGAUCUAGCUCAUGUGGAGAAGAGCUAUGUGAUGCGAAGGAUUUGGGAUGCCUCUGACUCCGAAUCCGAGGAAUCUUCGAAAGCAAUCUUCUUUUCUUCCACUGUGAAGCUCUUUCGCUUUUCUAUCGACCCUGGGCCUAAGGAGAGUGACUUUGUUGUGGAGGAUUUGUCGACUGCUUUGUCUGUUCAACCGAGCGAAGCAUCAUCUGCGGAUAAUGAACCCAAGCAGAAGGACAUUACGGUCGUCCAGUCCUACUGCUCUUCUGUUAGCCUUCAUCUACGAUGGGAGAUUCUUGAUCUUGUGGAAGGAGUAAUGAAGACUAUGUCUACAGUUACCCUGGAAUCCACGCCACCAACUCAGGGUGGUGGGAAGGGUCCAGACAAGGCCAGCGAGCUGCAGCUUAUCUUUGGGGCCGACCUGGGAUCUAUAACGCUUGAUGGGAUCAAUGUCAAGCUAUCGAUGACCAGCAAGUCCCCUAGAGCCUCACUGGUGCAGAAGUCUCGCAGCGAAGACGGCCCAGAAAACUUGAGUCUCCUGUUAAGCUCCGACGCUGGCUAUUCUGAACUUUCCAGCCUCUCCAAGGCCCUCAUGUUCUGGAAGGUGGCAAAUCCUCAUAUCUAUUGCUCCCGCGUGACGGAUGAAAACGAGACAGAGUUGAGCCACCAGUGGAAGCUCGCCGGAUCUUGCAGGAAGCUUCGCUAUGAUAUGAAAGAAGACCUGUUGAGCCUUGCACAUACCGCCGAUCGAGUCAUUGCAGAUGAGAUUCGUUUUAUUCAUCAGCUUGUGAACAGCGUGGAGCUGCCAUCGCAGCGGCCGGCUGAGAGUACCGCAAAGAAGCCAGCCCGCAAUCAGUUCCAUGUCGCGAUGUUCUUGGACGACUACCGUUUAAGCUUUUGUGUUCUGCCAUCGCUAACAUACGUUAUCGCCGGAGAAGUGGCACGAACUUCAAUUCUUCCCAAGUUGGGGUCGAAAGUUGAGGUGGACUUUGACCUGAAAAAGAACGUGCAUGCACUUUUGUCUAGCGAAGGGGGCAGGUGGAGCUCAUUAUCGGCAUUAGAGAUCCCACCCAUAAAUGGUCGGGUUAUUGCCGACGUCUCGCCCAGUCGCACCAACAUGGAAAUCGAUGUCACCAUAGAACUUAUACGGUUGGAAGCCAGUGCUGUACGGAGCUUUUUGAGUGCCCUUUCCAAACCAGAGGUUUCGCAUUUGAUGGAUGAUCUCAAGCAAAGUAUGGAAGUCUUGCAGCUGCACUUCGACGAUGUUCUUGCGGUCAAGAAAUCUAAACCACAGCAGAAGGAGGCUUCCAGUGACCACAUGAUUCUUUAUAAGGCACGCAUGACCAUGGCAGGUGUGACAAUUCAUGCCAGAGCACCUGGGCUCAACGCGAAGAGCUACACUGCAGACAUGGAUAUUAGCCUCGGCAUGAUGCGUCUGCACCUGGACAACGGCCUGGAUGCAGGACAUCCUAUGGAAUAUCCAGAAUUCCAUAUUGACACGUCUAACAUAAGCCUAGAUCUGAGGAAAGAGGAAGCGUCCCGAAGUCGCUCGUACUGCAGUUUCACCAUUGACGCUAAGCUUCAGGGAACUUCGAUGACCCGAGAUACUGGGGAAACCAGGCGAGUGUUCCAUCUGACCAGCAAGAAAUUUGAGAUCGAGCUCUUCCCCGAAACAGCCGCCUUGGUGGUUGAUAUGGCUAUGCACCUGCGCGAGCGAAUCAAGACCUUAGAUCUUUCUCACGAGGUUAAACGGUUCAAGAGGUUGCGACACCGUGGUCAUACGGAGUCGGAGCUGAAGGUUCCUAGCAUCCAAGUAGAUGGUGCCGACUCGUCCGAGGGGUUCCUGGACGCUAUGUACUCCUUGGACUUCAACAACAUCCAGAUCGGGUGGAACAUGACGACUGUGAAGUCGAUGGCACAUGCACGUCAACCCGAUGAUCUGGUCUUCUCGAUAAAGCGUGUGGAGCUGUCCAACAAGAGAACCAAUGCCGCUAAACUUCGUAUUGAAGACAUGCAGUUACAGUUGGUGCCAAUUUCAGGAAAUCGGCGCAAGCGCUCGCCCAAUUCCGCUUUGUUACCCGAGCUGGUCUUCAAUGUAGCAUACUCGUCGGCAGGGAAGGAGGUUCGACUGGCCUUCCAAGCGGCUGGAAAAUCGCUGGAUUUACGAGCGACCUCCGACUUUAUUCUGCCAGCAAGCAUGAUCCGAGACUCCAUUGCGUCUGCUGCACGGACCAUCCGUGAGGCCAACACUGCUCUGGUAUCCAAGCCAUCCGAAGACAGCACCAAAAAUCGACCGCUCUUCGGGAACAAGCGCUUCCGCUCUCUCUUGAUAGAUGUCGACUUCGCUGGGGCCGUCGUAUCUCUCCAAGGGAGGCACACGGAGGAUUACCAAACCCUGCUGCCGAGUAUGAAAGAGGGUAGACUUCCUGGGUCGGCAUACGGCCAGUACGUCCAAGGAGAUGGGGUGGCUACUGCAACAUUCCGAGCCCCAGGAGUGGCUUUGAAGGUUCAAUUCGAAGACAACGGGCGAGAUGAUUCGGCCCUCAACGCGGAGUUAAAGGUUGAUCCUUCGACAAAUGUUCUCUAUCCCAGCCUCGUUCCGUUGAUCAAGCAAAUGACGGCUACCAUCAAGGAGGCCAUGGGCGAUCAACCAAAAUCCAGAAGACCUUCUAACGCCAUGAUGCUACAGCCACAAAGACUGAUGCAGGAAACUCCACUCGACGAACAGGGACCGGCUUCGAUUCUCGGUAGAUGCAAACUGAACGUGGGCAUUUUGAUCUGCAAGCAGGAGUUCAGCUUGAGCUGCCAGCCUAUAGCGAGAGUAGCCGCCACGACUCGGUUUGAUAGUGUCUAUGUGACGAUCAACACCGUUCAAUCCGACGAGCAGGAGCGAUUCCUCGCGCUUCUGGUGGCCUUCAACUCCUUGGAAGCGUCGGUGAAGCACGUGUACUCCAAUGAAUCAACCGCGAGCUUCGAGGUCAAAUCGAUGACCAUGUCCAUCAUGAACAGCAAACAUCUAGGAAGCGCGAAGGGGAUCUCAGCCGCUCUCCGGGUGAGCCCCAUGGAGGUCGCACUCAAUGCAAAGCAGGUCCAGGACCUUUUGCUGUUCCGUGAAAUUUGGUUUCCUUCUAGCGAUGCCCCAGACCCCGGACCGCCAAUGGAGCCCCAGCCUACCGAAACGCAGGCCUACAUUGUGCAGCGUUAUCAGCAAGUCGCAGCAACCCCUGCUUUCCCGUGGAAUACCACGAUAUCGAUCGAGAAACUCGAGAUCCAACUCGACUUGGGGUCUACGCUCGGCAAAGCACAGUUCGCGAUUAACGACCUAUGGCUGUCGUCGAAGAAGACGUCCGAAUGGGAGCAAACGCUGUGCAUCAGCUUCAACACGUUAGGCGUCGAGAGUAAAGGUCGCAUGAGUGGUUUGGUUGAACUGCAGAACCUGAAAGUUUCCACAUCCAUCAAUUGGCCAAAGGAUCAGCACAACAACCAGACGCCUCUUAUCCAAGCAUCUAUCUCCUUCCUUCAGCUGCAGGUGAAGGUGUCCUUCGAUUAUCAACCAUUCCUUAUUGCUCACAUCUCGAGCUUCGCUUUCUUGAUGUACAAUGUGCGGCCUGGAAGCGAUGCGCCCAGCGAACGGCUUUUCAGCAUCUUGGACGGGGAUAAAGUGCAAGUCUUCUGUACCAGCUUGACUGCAUCGCAGUCUAUGGCACUCUUCCAGGCCUGGCAACGACUGGUGCAAGACAAGCAGGCGGCAUACGAGGCUUCUCUACGAGACGUUGAGAGGUAUCUUCGCCGGAAAGCCUCGGUUUUCUCCGAGAAAACCGAAGUCUCUUCCCGGGACAUGGGCGAACAUACGGAUGACAAGGCCGAAGAGGCGCCCAUAUCUCUACACAACGGCGUGGUCGUUAGCAUUAAUUCCGUCAAUAUCGGCGUCUUCCCGAGCUCGUUUUUCGACAACCAUGUCUUCAAGCUGGAGGCCCAUGAUGCCCAAGCUCGCUUCGAUGCCUCCUUGAAGGAGGGCAAGAUCCACAGUGCGUUGGGCCUUACGUUGGGCCAACUGCGCGUCGCGCUUUCCAACAUUGUCCGAUCCGGCCCCAUGGAGACAGAGGAGCUCCUCGUGCACGAGAUCGCCCAGCGUGUACAGGGGUCGCGGGGCGGGACAAUCCUCAAAGUCCCUCGCCUCCUGGCACGCAUGGAGACGUGGCAGAUACCAGGCUCGCAACAGAUCGACUACAUUUUCCAGAGCACGUUCGAAGGCAAGGUGGACGUCGGAUGGAACUACUCCCGCAUCAGCUUCAUCCGGGACAUGUGGGAAACGCACUCGCGGGCCCUAGCGUCCCGGCUCGGGAAGCCGCUGCCGCCCUCGGCGGUGCGCAUCACCGGCGCCUUGAACGCGGAGGGCGGUGGUGACCGCAACGAGCCGCACGAGAAGAUCACCGCCGUCGUCAACGUGCCGCAAUCCAAGUACACCUAUGUGGCGCUGGAGGCCCCGGUCAUCGAGACCCCCCAGCUCCGCGAUAUGGGCGAGGCCACCCCGCCCCUCGAGUGGAUUGGGCUUCAACGCGACAAGCUGCCCAAUAUUACCCACCAGAUCGUCAUCGUUACUCUCCUGGAGAUUGCGAAGGAGGUCGAGGAUGCGUAUGCGAAGAUCUUGGGGUCGUCUUGAUUCGAUUCGACCAUUUUGUUUUCCACGGCGUUUGUCGGGGGUGUACGUAUGGGGAUGAUUAGGGUAAACAAGUAGUUACAGUAUGCAUUGUUGGCGUGGAUGGUGUUGGUGGGCAAUCUGUUGUGUGUCCCAUUUAUUUGCUCGAGUCCGUUCUAAACGUAAGGGUCGGACCAACACCGUUAUCGGUUACUUCUGCG